AUGAAGUUCCUCGUCUCCGUUACGGCCGGACUCUUGUCUGUGGGCUUUGCUGACGCUUCGCCUGCCCCGUUGUUGGCCAAGAGAGCUGUGUCCACCGACGGUUCAUGCGGUGGAGCAAACCAGUUCACUUGUCAGGGCUCAUCGUUCGGAAACUGUUGUUCGCAAUAUGGAUGGUGUGGAAGCUCUGCAGCUCAUUGUGGUGCGAGCUGCAACUCAGCGUUUGGCACAUGCACGGGCACGACCAAGCCGGUGUCUUCUAAAGCUUCUUCAGCACCCGCUGCAACCCCAACUUCAUUGAAGGUUUCUACCGAUGCAACAUGCGGUGGAAAGACGGGAAAUACAUGUUUAGGAAGCACGUUUGGCCAAUGUUGUAGCGCCUCGGGCUACUGUGGUAGCACGGCUGCCUAUUGUGGAACUGGAUGUCAAUCGAACGCUGGACUCUGUGGUAGCAACAAUGGUACUCCCAGUUCGAGCUCUUCGCAAGCAGGCAGCUCGAGCAAGCCAACGCCGUCGCCUACCCCGUCUUCUGGUGGUGCUUCCCAAUGUCUCAAUGGCAAGAAUAUUCCUUACAAGAUGACUUCCGACGCUGGAUACUCUGAUCUCAUUGCACCCUACAACCUGCGUCUGCCGUACAAGCCAGCUGUUGUCGUGCUUCCUACCACUAACCAACAUAUUCAAGAUGCCGUAGUUUGCGCUGCCCAGGCUGGUCUCAAGGUCCAGCCCAAAUCUGGUGGCCAUUCGUAUGCAAGCUUUAGCUCUGGUGGCAAGGACGGUUCCAUGAUGAUUGAUCUCCAGUCGUUCCAGACUAUCAACCUGGACAAGAGCUCGGGUGUCGCGACUGUCGGAGGCGGCGUUCGCCUUGGUAACCUCGCAGAUGGUAUCUUCACUCAGGGCAAGGCUGCUGUGUCCCACGGAACCUGCCCUGGCGUUGGUAUUGGAGGUCAUUAUACUCAUGGAGGCUACAGCCACACCUCACGUAACUGGGGGCUUGCUAUGGACCAGGUCGUUGGUGCAGACUUCGUCCUCGCAAACGGCACCCUGAUCAAGGCCACAUCCAGCCAGAACCCUGAAAUCUUCUGGGCCAUCAGGGGUGCUGCAGAGUCUUUUGGUAUCGUCACAACCUUUUAUGUGCAAACACGUCCUGCGCCAGAUUCCAUCACGUACUUUGCAUUUGCCUUCAACGGCGUCAUGGACUCCAAGACCACGUUCACAAACUCUUUCCUCCACAUCCAGGACGUUGCCAAGAACGCCUCCGUAGUGGACAACAAAAUCUCCUUUGGCGUCUACCUCGACGGUUACGGCAGUUUCACCCUCAGCGGUGCCUACUUCGGCUCCGUCGCCGACUUCAACGCCAAAGUAAAGCCCGAACUCCUCCGCAGUCUUCCCAGCAACACCCCCACCGUGCAAAACAUGCCCUACUACGACUACCUCGUCAAAGUCUCUGGGGAAACCACAAUCAAAGUCCCCCGAUCCGGCUACGCCGAACACGACAACUUCUUCGCCAAAUCCCUCACCGUCCCCGAAUCCUCGGGCCUCACUCGCACAACCCUAAACACCCUCUUCGACUACCUCAAGACCGCCGGCUCCGUGGAAUACUACAUCAUCAUCAACCUCUACGGCGGCCCAGGCUCCGCCAUCAACACCAAGGACACAAACUUCGCCGCCUACAACGACCGCGACAGUCUCUGGGUCCUGCAAAACUACGGCAUGACCGGCGCUUCCCUCGAUUUCGUCAACGGCAUCAACAACGCCGUCAUCAAGGCCCAGCCGCAAACCAAGUUUGGCGCCUACCUCAACUAUCUCGAUCCUAGUUAUGAUGCUGCCACCGCACAUCAGCUGUACUAUGGUGAUGCGGUUUAUGCGCGGUUGGCGGCGCUGAAGAGGCAGGUUGAUCCACAGAGUGUGUUUUGGCAUCCUCAGGCUGUUGGGGUGUAG